AUGGCGAGACAAAGCAUUGAAGAAGAGCAAAUUGAAAGUGAAGUGCACACUGUUCCACUUAAAGUUUUUGGAUAUCGAUCAUGUCAUUCAGGUGAAAGACAGAAAAUAUUAGAGGAAGCGUUCGAGUACCUAAAUGAGUACAAUAGGCCAGUCUAUGUGCAGUUGGAAAAAGAACCAGACAAUUUACAUGAUCCAAAUGCAAUUGCAACUUAUGUGAAAACUGUUGAUGCAUUCCACAAGUUUGGUUAUAUUGCAAGCAGGGACACUGGGGGGGGGGGGCAGGAGGGGCAGCUGCCCCUCUUGCCUUUUGUUAGUAGGGGCAAGGGGGGCAGAAGUGCCCUUUAAGUUAUAAAAUACUACACCUGAUAAAUCACGUUUCCAGUGAUGCUUUUUGCAUGGGCAAAAUCAUGAGGUGUGAUCUUGAAUAUGACCUGAUUAAGUGUGUUUGCUUUCAUUGGCAAGUCAACACAUAAUUGUAGGUUUAUAUCUUCACCGAGGUUUACAGAGGUGCCCUUUGGUGUGUGUUUGCCCCCCUUGCCUUUUUAUCGUUCCGGCGUCCCUGAUUGCAAGUGAACUGACACAGUAUAUUAGCCCCCAUAUGAACGGCCCUAGCUUUGAUGUGUCUAUAAAAUACAUCAAACUACAUACAACUUUUAUGCGAAUUGGAUUUUAUCACACAAUUAACAUAUCCAAAAAAGGUUCAUGGCAUCCUAAUGUGGUCAAAGCUAGCCAGUCUGCUAUGUAAAUGCAUAAAAUAUACUGAAUAGAACUGGUUUGAUCAGGUCAUCUUAUUAAAAAAUCAACAUUUGUAAAGUAAAUUAACUUGUCUGUUUUUAACGUGUUUAUAAAUAUGAAUGACUAUAUUCAUUGUUAUUUGUUAUUUACAAAUAUGUGCAUAAGGUUAUGUACUGUGUGUACUGUGCACAGAACUGCCCACUUUCUGUAAGAUGUCCGCUGACCACUUUCCUCCGCAGAGGCUUUGUAGUUUGUUUUCUUUCUAUGAGAAUGAGUUUGUUUUCUUUCUUUCUAUAAGUUUGACUUGCGGGCAGUAGCGGGCUAGGUAGAGAAGUGGGCACACGGGGGGAGCAAGCGCGGGGUUAAAAGGGGGCAUCAUGGACAUUUGGAGCCGCUACUGCUCGCAAGUCAAACUUAUAUAGAAAGAAAACAAACUACAAAGCCUCUGCGGAGGAGAGUGUUCGCUGGCAAUAUGAGCCCGCAUGAGUGGGAGAAAUUUUUCUAAAUUUGACCAAUAUUCUCACAUAUGUUUAGGCACUGGUGGCAAAGCCACUCAGGUGUGCCAUCUUCUCAUCUCUCAAAGCGCCAUGACAUACCAUAAAGCAAGUUCUUGCCCUCUUGCAAUGUUUUCAUGGCAUUUAAACUUUUUUCCAGAAAAUCUGCCUGCACAAAUUGGUAUAAAGCCAUGCAUGCCUCCAAGCUCAAUACAAAAAGCUUUUAUAAAUAGUUCAAUAAUUGUUCCUUUAAUCUUUGGGACAUGCUACACUUUUGAAGGCUGUGAUGAGAUUUUGGACAAUAUCACCAAGAGUACCUGGGUUAUUUCCUGCUGAGCCCUUACAUGGUGACUCUUUGAAAAUUGGUGAGAGAUUAUCACUAAAAUUGAACACAGCAGCAGGACUUGAUGGCACAGGAAUAGCUGAGCCAACAGAAUCAUGUAUACAUAGUCAAUUUCAAAAUCUUUUUCUGCAUCACUCAAUGUACCACAUUCUUCGCCAAGGUUUUUAG